UUGUUUUACCAUUUCGGGUGUAAGCUCUCAGUGUGUUGAGGUACUUGGUAAGGAACAGUCCAAAAAACGCAGUGGAAAUAGUUGAAAUUAGUGAUUUAUUGCAAGGAGUUAAUGAUAUUUCUAUCGGGAUAAUAUACCAUCAUGAACUUAGAACUUUCAGAGGCGUUCUGCCAAAAUUAUCCUGAACAACUGGAUGGGAGGCUCGAUAGUACAUCUUAUGCUCUUACAUUGUGUUUCAAUAAAAGAGGAACCUUAUUGGCGGUUGGCUGCAAUGAUGGACGUAUUGUGAUUUGGGACUUUGCCACCCGUACUAUUGCUAAGAUAAUUAGCGCUCACGUUCAUCCCGUUUGCUGUUUGAGCUGGUCUAGGAGUGGCAUGAAACUGCUCUCUAGCUCAACAGACAACAAUGUUUGCAUUUGGGACGUUAUGACUGCUUCAUGUUUGAUCAAGCAUCGAUUUCCUUGUCCGACAUUAUUCGUACAAUUUGAUCCAAAGAACGAGAUGCAUUUUAUUGCAUGUCCCAUGUACCAUCCGCCAUUGGUGCUUGAUAAUAAAGGCGGCCAUAUGAUAUUACCCCUAGGAGAAGAUAACGAUCAAAAGCUUUUUGCUGUUUUUGAUAGAAAAGGACGUUACAUAAUCAUGGGAAAUUCCAGGGGCACUAUUAUGGUUCUUGAUGCUGCUAACUGGAAUUUUGUCACUAAAUUUAAAAUUGUGCCUGGAAUUUCAUCUUGGGUUUCAGUGAAAAGUAUAGAAUUUGCGAGAAAAGGAGGCUAUUUUUUAGUUAAUUGCUCAGAUAGAGUAAUCCGGGUAUACUGCCUAAAAGAAGUACUAAAGAAUACACACAUUGAUGUUAUAGAACCACAAAUUAAACUACAAGAUUCAAUUAACAGAAGUAUGUGGAAGAAAAGCACUUUUUCUGGCGAUGGAGAGUACAUUUGUGCGGGAUCAGACGUUCAAAAUGCUAUUUACAUAUGGGAGAGACGUUCGGGGAGCCUGGUGAAGAUUCUCCACGGUUGUAUGGUCGAAUCAUUUUUGGAUGCUGUUUGGCAUCCUGGCAAGUCUGUAAUCGCCAGCAUCGGUUCAGGUAUGAUAUCAGUAUGGGCACAGACUCCUCAGGCAACUUGGUCAGCAUUUGCUCCCAAUUUCAAAGAAUUAGAUGAGAAUGUCGAGUAUGAGGAGAGGGAGUCGGAAUUUGAUAUGGCGGACGAAGAUAAGUCCGUAAUUGGUUCUGAAAAAGAAAUCCAUGAGGAUGUGGAUGUAGAUAUUAUGACGGUUGGUCCUACUACUGAUGGUAGUUCAGACGAAGAAAGUGAUCAUGUUGAACUAGACAUACUGCCAGCAGUGCCUGAAAUAGAAAAUCCGGAAGAAGUGGAAAAGCGCGUAAGGAAACAGAGAGCUCCAAGAAGACCUAGAAUGCCCCCCCCACCGCCGCCGCCGGCUGCUGUGCGGCCUAAGCCUAAACCGGAACUUGAUUAUCCGCGAAUUAUACCAGUCGAAUCUCCAAAUAAUAAUGGACUUAAGUUGCGGAUUAAAUUAGGAAACUACUCUAGUCAGCAUUAUGAGUGA